GUUGGGUGUUGCAGUGCGCAUGCUCAGUGUAGUAGCCGGUUAUGGCGGCGGUGUGUGUUUGUCCAUGAGGUGGGGGACGCCUGCUAUUCUUACGGUCUGUGACAGAGCGAUCCGAGCGAGGCGCUGCCAUGGCUGGAGUGUUUGACAUUGAUUUGGAUCAGCCGGAGGAUAAUGUCUCCGACGAUGAGAUUGAGGAGGCGCAGUUCAAUGAUAUCAUGGAUCAGUGCAGUGGAUUUGAAUUCAACAUGGAUGACUGUGAGAAGAUUGAGAUAUCAGAGGACAACGUCAAUCAGGGAACAGAGAAUAUCAGACCAGAGUGCUUUGAGCUGCUUCGGGUCCUGGGGAAAGGAGGCUAUGGAAAGGUUUUUCAAGUAAAAAAAGUGGUUGGAGCGGCAUCGGGCAAAAUAUUUGCCAUGAAAGUUUUAAAAAAGGCUAUGAUUGUACGCAACGCCAAGGACACAGCUCACACCAAGGCGGAGAGGAACAUCCUGGAAGAAGUGAAGCAUCCAUUCAUUGUUGAUCUUAUCUACGCUUUCCAGACUGGAGGGAAACUGUAUCUAAUCCUUGAGUACCUGAGUGGAGGAGAACUUUUCAUGCAGCUGGAGAGAGAAGGCAUCUUCAUGGAAGACACAGCCUGUUUCUACCUGGCAGAGAUCUCCAUGGCUCUGGGCCACCUGCACCAGAAGGGCAUCAUCUACAGAGACCUAAAGCCUGAGAACAUCAUGCUCAACAGCCAAGGUCAUGUGAAGUUGACAGACUUUGGUCUUUGUAAAGAGUCAAUUCACGAUGGCACUGUCACCCACACUUUCUGUGGCACUAUUGAAUACAUGGCCCCUGAGAUCUUGAUGAGAAGUGGACACAACAGAGCGGUGGACUGGUGGAGUCUAGGAGCUCUGAUGUACGACAUGCUCACAGGAGCGCCACCGUUCACAGGUGAAAACCGAAAGAAGACCAUUGACAAGAUCCUGAAAUGUAAGCUCAGCCUCCCGCCCUACCUCACACAAGAAGCCAGAGAUCUCCUGAAACGGCUGCUGAAGAGAAACGCAUCGUCGCGACUGGGAGCAGGAGCAGGAGAUGCCACAGAGGUGCAGGCUCAUCCUUUCUUCCGGCACAUCAACUGGGAGGAUCUGCUGGCUCGGAAAGUGGAGCCUCCCUUUAAACCGUUUCUGCAAUCAGCUGAAGACGUGAGUCAGUUCGACUCAAAGUUUACCAGUCAAACACCAGUCGACAGCCCCGAUGACUCAACUCUCAGUGAGAGUGCCAACCAAGCCUUCCUGGGUUUCACAUACGUAGCUCCAUCAGUCUUAGAAAACAUCAAAGAACGGUUCUCAUUCGAGCCAAAAAUCCGCUCACCUCGAAGAAUCGUGGACAGCCCAAGAACACCUCUCAGCCCUGUGAAGUUCACAGGGGGGGAAUGCUGGGCCCGGAGCCCCCUCCUCCCUGGAGCUGGACCGAGUGUCCUGCAGUCCCCACAGGACCAGGCCAUGGAGCUGUCCACACCAGAGCAGAUGGACGUCACAUCAAACUCCGAGGCCUCAGCCCCUCUCCCCAUCCGUCAGCCUGCCGGGGUCAACCUCGCUCAGAUGAAGCAGCAGGCCUAUCCUGUCGUGGCCAAGCGGCCCGAGCAUCUACGUAUGAACCUAUGACCCACCGCACCUCUUUAGGAGAGUUUAUUUCUUGACGUUUUUUUUUUUUUUCUUUGUUGACAUUUUUUAAGAAACAAAGCAAAAAAAACCAUAAGGAUGUUAGAGACAAUUAAAUUCUUAAAUUGCACAUCCGCACACUACGUAUACUGUCACAACCUGGAGUCUGUGCGUGGGCCUGGCACUCCAGCGUGCUUCAGUUUAAGUGUUACCGGCAACAUCACCAUCUCACCUCUUCUCCGACGACACCUCAGGUCUCACGACCUUCGUCCUCUGAUCCACUCUCUGAUGUAUUGAACUGGAAAUGUUCUUUUGGGAGCUACCGCCUUUUUGUUUGACUGGGAAAUCAAAGGCGUUGCUGUAUCACAGUGCAUACAAGCGGUUUUAAUCUAAUAUGCAGUCAACAGAACAAGAUGACGUUCAAAGCGCUUUCUGCUAUUUGAUAGAAUGCCGGCAAGGACAUAACGUUCCUGCUAUGGGGAGAUUCUGACAGUGUAGACAUAAAUACUCCCUACUUCUGAACAAAAUGAUAUUAAUUAGGCUUAUUAAGAAAAGAAUAAAAUAAAUAAUCAUUUUGAGCAGCAUACACACUGGGGUUCUGGUAUUGAUGAAAAUAGCUUUAUGUCUACAGGUGUUUUAGAAAAUGGAUGAAUUAUUGUACCAUUCAUAAAUGAUGAAUCAGAUAGCCUAAAUUAAAAGAGAAAAAACAUGUUGACUUUUUUACAUUCUCCUGGCAUUGAUUUUGUGGAUGGCGUGGAAUGGUUUAUUUGAUAUGGAAACUUCAGUUCUCUUGCCCUUCAAGCGUACAAUGCUUUGGAUGUGUCUACAGAUUGGUUGAGACUUAGUUGAGCUUGAUCACCUUCACCACCUAAAACAUGAAACUAAGAAUGGCACUGCUUUGCAACAAUCCUCUCUGGCUGUGGGCUCAGCAGAGACACCACUGACCCCUGGAAAGAUGCGUACCAAGACACAGUGGCACCAGUUGAUCUGGACACGGCCUGCAGUUGUGAGGUUCAAAGCUCCAAAAACUCAAGACAGCAUUUACAGCCUCUUGCAUCAGUGUCCACUUCUUUAGGAGGGAUUUAUAGGAUUCCUGAAAAGUAAGGAAAUUAUAAUAAAAUGUGAAAAAAC